AUGGAUGAAAAUGAAGCACCACCAUCAGAAAGCAAAGCACAAAAAGCAAGCAGAAGCUGCAGCAUCACUGAAAUACAGGAAGACUCGAAAGAGAAGACCAAAGGAAAUGAAACUGUUCCAUUUCACAAGCUGUUUUCAUUUGCAGAUUCAACUGAUAUCUUGUUGAUGACCAUAGGAUCAGUUGGUGCCAUUGGAAAUGGGUUGUGUAUGCCCAUUAUGACUAUACUCUUUGGCCAAUUGACUGAUUCUUUUGGAUGUAGCUACAAUAGCAAAGACAUAGUUCAUGCUGUUUCCAAGGUCUCUCUAAGAUACAUCUACUUGGCUUUGGGGGCUGGGGUUGCAGCAUUCCUUCAGGUAGCUUGCUGGAUAGCCACAGGGGAGCGACAGGCCGCACGAAUAAGGAGUUUGUACCUGAAAACCAUAUUAAGGCAAGAAGUAGCUUUCUUCGAUAUGGAAACAAACACUGGGGAGGUUGUUGGGAGGAUGUCUGGUGAUACUGUCUUGAUACAAGAUGCAAUGGGUGAAAAGGUUGGAAAGUUUAUACAACUCAUAUCGACAUUCAUUGGAGGCAUUGUGAUAGCAUUCAUUAGAGGGUGGCUUCUAACACUCGUCUUGAUGUCCACUAUUCCACUUCUUGUGGCAGCCGGAGCAGUAAUGUCCAUUAUCAUAGUCAAAAUGUCUUCCAGAGGACAAAAUGCCUAUGCGAAAGCUGCGACUUUAGUUGAACAAACAAUCAGCUCAAUCAGAACUGUUGCUUCAUUUACCGGAGAGACACAAGCUAUAACCAACUAUAAGAGAUAUCUUGUAGAUGCUUACAAGUCUGGUGUUCAUGAAGGCUUGGCAGCCGGUUUAGGUUUUGGCAUGUUUAUGUUGGUUAUGUUAUCCAGUUAUGGUCUGGCUACAUGGUUUGGUGCAAAAAUGGUAUUGGAAAGAGGAUAUAGAGGGGGUGCUGUGGUCAAUGUGAUUGUCGCUGUGAUGGCUGGUUCCAUGUCUCUAGGCCAGGCAUCUCCCUUUGUGAGUGCAUUUGCUGCUGCUGCAGCCUUCGAUAAGCAUAUCAAAACUGACACUUUGAUAAGCAUCAAGGAUGGUUCUAUGCAUCCUUAG